AUGGGCCGUACCACCGAGAUGAAGAUGAAGCUCGCCGUGGACAGGUCAAAGAACCGCGUGCUCUUCGCGGAUGCAGGGUCCGACGUCGUGGAGAUCCUCCUCAGCUUCCUGACGGUUCCCCUCUCUGCGCUUCAUCUCAUCGCAGGCCAGUCGUCUUCGCCGGUUUGCCUCACGAACCUCAUCAACAGCCUCAACCACCUCAGGAGGAGCGAGCUGCUCAAAGCUGACGCCUGCCAUGGCACGUUUCUCGAGACUUUGCUCAGCGAUGGCUUCAGGCUAUGUAAACCACCUUGCAAUUACAACGAAUGCAAGUGUUGCGACGCCCUGGCUAGACUUCUGCAUGUUCACGCCGAUACGGAGGCGUUUCUAAGGGGUAAAGAACGGUUCAUAAUCACCGAUGACUGGCGGAUCAAGCAAGCAUCCACGACCAGCUUGAUGUCACUUGGUCGAAUGUUCGAUAUUGGUUGGAUCGGUCGUGACUUUGAGGAGGUCGAAGUGUGCGUCGGCUGGGCGGAGGUUUUAUCUAUGGCGAAGGCGUCACUUUCAUCAGAUACCAUAUUCACUGAUGUCUUUCUAUCCGAGAGAGCUUAUGAUGACCAUUCUGCUCCUCAAGUCACUGUGAAACCACGCAUCAAUCAGAAUAUUGUGCAUCCGUGCAGUAGAGAAAAUUCAGAUCCUUUACUGGAAAGCACGGUAGAGAUCGUCUAUGACAUGCGUGGGAAGAAGGUCAUGUAUGCUGAAUGCGAUCAUCGGUUUGUCGACUUGCUCCUUGGUUUCUUGACUUACCCAGUGUCCCGUGUGAUCAAGAACGGAGGUGUUGCUGCAACUUGUUAUCUCAGCAAAAGCCUGAUCAAUCUGUAUAGCAGCGCUACCGAUCUUGGCGCCACGGGCUCCUUAACUGGUCUCUUCCCAGAAGAGACGUUGCUGGUUCAAAGCCUUGCGCCGUUUCCUGAGCUCGUGGAAGACCGAAAGUAUGUAGUAGAGGAUGAUCUACUGAUACAUCAGACCUCUGCCAUGUUGGUGAUGAAACACUGGCGUAGGAGACCCGGGACAGAGGUGGACCGAAUAGAAAUGAGCAUAAGGAAACAUGAGGCUGUUGCUGCGCUGAUGCAGGCUCUGUUCACUUCGGAGAUGGGAUUGACUGAUGCAUUCGUGAGUAGGAAGGAGACAAUGCAGAUCCUUGUUACAAUCGGCGCAGAAAAGACCAUAAUACUGGACGGAGUUAAGAGCUCGGACACCAUUGCGGCCAUCAGGAGAAAAAUCGAAGUUAACGAGUCCAUUCGGGCGGAACGCACACAAAUCACACCAUCCCCGCCAAAAAAUCCCUCCACCAAAAUUAGACCGUCGAGAAAGGAAGCGGAAGCAACGGAUACAGCCGGCACGCCCAUCACAUCGUCUGACGCCAGCGGCGCUACCAAGAAGCAUGCCAAGCCGAAGAAGCUCGCCAAGGAUUUCACGCCGGACGGGCGUCGGGCCAAGUUGGUGAAGCCCGCAAGCCGGAAAGAGGUCGCCAGAGCUCGGGCAGCCGCCGCCAAGCUCGAAGAUGGUCGACAGAAAGAGAAGGGCCACAUCCUCUCCGUGCGGCCCGAGGACAACGACGACUUGCUUGCACAUAAAGCCGCCCAACAAGCCAUCAUGUUGAUGAAGCAGGAGGUGCUCAACAUGACAUUCAACUAA